AUGGACCUCGGCCUGUUCGAGCCGAAACCGUUGACGCCGAAGACGCAGGGCGUGCAGCUCGCGGCGUACAAGUACUACGGCCCGCUGUACAGCGUCCCGAACCUCGACGCGAGAGCGCCGGACCUCGUGACGUUCAUGCAGCAGGUGAACAAGCCGCAGGCGUUCGGGGACCAGCAGAUCGCGUGGUCGGAGAUUUACGCGAUGUCCAGCAACCGCCCGAAAGGAUUCGAACGCUACGACGGACGAACGUACACGAACCGAUGGGCGGCUCGCAUCACGACGCAAAUUCUCGUCGACCACACGAACACGUUCACGUUCGAGCUCGACAACCGCGAGGGCGCGAAGAUGUGGAUCGACGGCGUGUUAGCCGUGGACAACGAUUACAACGCGGAGAGAGACGGCGUCGUCGUCUCUCGGUCGUUGCACGCGCGCGCCCAUCUCGAAGCGGGGUAUCACGACAUACGGAUCGACUACUACGUCGGCGAGACGUGGAGCACGCUCGUGCUGUGGUGGUCCGCCCCGGGGGUGUCGCGGUCGAUCGUCCCGAGGGACCGGUUCUUCCUCCCGGAUGAGUCGUGUUGUCUGUGUCAGUGCAAGCGGGGGACGUGCCGCGUGGUGGACUACGGCACCGGCGAGGUCGACUGCCUGCCCCCUCAGGACGACGGCACGUUCGGGUUCGAGACGCCGUUGAACCCGUACGAGCGGUGCGAGCAGGAGCCGUGCGAGGACCCGACGACCGCGGGCGGAGCCGUGGACCCGCGAGUGGAGAGUCCGUUCAAUUACUACGGGAACUGA